AUGUUCCAAAAGUUGGCCGUUCUUUCAUACCUCGUAAUUUCUACUACCUGUACGAUAUUGCAUCAGCAUCCAAUUCCUUUGCUGUUUGGACUAAACUAUCAUGAUGACCCCAGCUAUAGUUUUGCCUAUGAUGUCAACGACCCUCACACUGGAGACAUUAAAAGUCAGCAUGAAAGUAGAAGGGGAGACAUUGUUCUUGGUCAAUAUUCCUUAGUCCAGCCGGACGGUGUGCAAAGAACCGUUGAUUAUAGAGCUGAUAUGCACAGAGGUUUCACGGCUACUGUUAAUAAUGAUGUAAGACCAGUUGUCCAUCAGCUACCUCAAGUGACUGAAGUCCCAGAAGAAAUACCAAGGCAGUCCAAUAUUAAUGUCCACAUAGUCCAUCCUUACCCUACCGCAAGUUAUACUACCUCUAGUCCAGCCUCGAUAGCCAUUUCUAGAACAAAUUUGCAUCAAACCAUAUCUAAUGGACUUAAUCCUUGGAUUUGA